GUGGCUUACAUUAUAAAGGAAAAAAUAACAGCAUCGCCUUCUUGGUUUGUGUAGAAUCAGUGUCUUGACAAGCUGUUAUAAAAUCUGAAGGAAGACCGGUGAAGACCUCAAGAAGCUUUUUGUUUUGGAAAUCAGAUUUUGAAGAGACUUAUUUAUUUAUUUCCCCCCUUUUUUUUUUCUUCUUGAAAAUGAAACUUUGGACUUUUCUCCUCUUGCUUUCCUGGCUUUUGAUUUUCAUCCUUUUUUCAGGAUCCGAGUGCGGGACAGUUCCGAGAAAGGGAAGGUCUAAAAGAGACUUGGUGCGCUUAAGGGAAGCUAGCAGUACUUUCCCAGGGGCAUGUGCCACCCGCUUGCCUCGGGGCAAGCGGUCCGUGCCCGGGAUGGAUCGGCGAUCGUCUCGCCAGCACCGUCGCUCCUCCCAGGCGGAGGACAGCUCUCCUGGACGGGGAAAGGCUGUUUAUUUUACCGGGAGAGGAGAUCAGCUGCGACUAAAGCCGGGUGUGGAGGUGCCCAAAGGAAAUUUUACCCUAGAAAUGUGGAUCAAGCCAGAGGGAGGUCAGCGAUCCCCUACUGUAAUUGCAGGUCUAUACGACAAAUGCUUCUAUGCCUCCAGUGACCGAGGAUGGCUCCUUGGAAUAAAAGCCAUCAGAGAGCAGGGGAACAGAGAUCCACGUUUCUUCUUUUCUAUGAAGACAGAUCGAGCCCACAAGGUGACUUCCAUAACCUCUAACCAGAGAUACAUGCCAAACCAGUGGACUCACGUCGCAGUGACUUUCAAUGGCCUGCACAUGAAGCUCUUUGUCAAUGGGGCCCAAGUGGCUGUGAGUCGUGAACAGUCUGGGGAAAUCUUCAGCCCCCUGACAAAGAAGUGCAAAGUGCUCAUGAUCGGGGGCAAUGCCUUAAACCAUAACUAUCGGGGCUAUGUGGAGCACUUCAUCUUGUGGAAGAGGGCUCGCACCCAGCAGGAGAUUAUGCAUGACAUGAAGAGUCAUAGCCGAGAGCAACUGGAUGACCUGUCACACCUGGUUAUUCACGAAAACUUUGAGAACGCAUCGAGAAAGUGGCUGACUGUCAAGGAUGGCUCUUUCCCACAGGCAGAAGUGAGCCGAGUCAGCGGAGGAAUGCUGGACACUGUCCUCGAGCCCCCUGUCUGUGGCCAGACCGUCUGCGACAAUGUGGAUGUCAUCACCAGCUACAACAAAUACUGGACCUUCCGGAAGAGGAAGGUAGUCCGUUACCGUGUGGUGAACGUCUAUGAUGAUGAACACAGAAAGCCCACUGUCAGUGAAGAGCAGAUCCGUCUGCAGCACCGGCGCCUGAAUGACGCCUUCAACGUGUACAAUAUCAGCUGGGAGCUCUCCGUCCUCAAUGUCAGGAACUCCUCCCUGAGGCAUCGCCUCAUUUUGGCCAACUGCGACAUCAGCAAAGUUGGCGAUGAGGAAUGUGACCCAGAAUGUGACCAUACCCUGACUGGGCUGGAUGCUGGUGAUUGCAAGAAGCAGAAGACCCAUUGUCCAGAGCAUAGGCAGGGAAAUGGGGUUUGCAAUCCAGAGUGCAACGUGGAUAGUCAUAACUACGACAAUGGAGAUUGCUGCAACCCCAACAUCACGGAUGUCACCAAGACAUGCUUUGAUCCUACAUCACCACUCAGGGCCUACUUGGAUGUGAAGGAGCUAAAAGAAAUACUCAAUCUGGAUGGCUCCACCCAUCUGAAUAUCUUCUUUGCCAACUCCUCUGAUGAAGAUCUGGCUGGAGUUGCCACUUGGCCUUGGGAUAAAGAGGCGUUAACGCAUUUAGGGGGAAUUGUGCUGAAUCCUUCAUUCUAUGGUACUUUUGGCCACACCAACACUAUGAUCCAUGAGAUUGGACACAGCCUGGGACUUUACCAUGUUUUCCGGGGCAUUUCUGAGAUCGAGUCCUGCAACGACCCCUGCCUGGAGGUGGAACCGUCCUUAGAGAUGGGGGACCUCUGUGCCGAUACCAACCCCACCCCCAAAUACAAGCACUGCCAUGACCCCGAGCCAGGAAACGAAACCUGUGGCUCCAAACACUUCACAAACACCCCCUUCAACAACUACAUGAGCUACGCUGAUGAUGACUGUACUGAUUCCUUCACGCUCAAUCAAGUUGCAAGAAUGCACUGCUACUUGGAUCUUAUCUACCAGUCCUGGCAGCCAGACAGCAAGCCUGCUCCUGUCCCUCUGGCGCCCCAAGUGGUAGACCAGACGGCUGAUGCCCUCACACUCGAAUGGUUCUCUCCCGUCAACGGGCACUUUUACGACAGAGAAGGGGGAUCGGUGUGUGAUAAGUGCCAGGAAGGUGGGGUUCUGAUCCAGUAUGCAUCAAACGCCUCCUCUCCUCGCCCCUGUGCCCCUUCUGGACACUGGAGCCCCCGUGAGGCUGAAGGCCCCCCGGAUGUAGAGCAGGCUUGCGAGCCGAGCGUCCGGACCUGGAGCCCCAACUCAGGAAUGGAGUCCAGCAGCGUUGGGCCUCCCUGCCCCCUUCAGGGCUGCAUGCUCCAGCUGGAGUUCCUCUACCCACUGGUGCCCGACUCUAUCACCUUCUGGGUGACCUUCUUCUCCUUUGAGGAGACAGCCCCGCCCGCCAUCCACAACAUCGUGCUCCUGACGACGAGCGGCAACAACAUGUCCCUGGGGCCCAGCAGCGCCUUCUGCGACAUCCCCCUGACCAUCAAGCUCAACAUCCAGGAGGAGGUGUACGGCGUGCAGGUCUUCACCUCCGAGCAGCACCUGGAGAUCGAUGCCACCCUGCUCACAUCCAAGCCCGAGAGCCCGCCCUGCGGGCAGUGCCGGCCGCUGAGAUACAAGCUGCUGCGCGAGCCCCCGUUCUCUCACGCAUCGCAAGGAGUGAUCAUCUCGGACCCCAGCCGGAGAUAUGUGGACCGGGAUGUGGAGUCUGGAUCAGUGUACACGUAUCAAGUGCUGUCUGUUUCGAGGACAGCGGAGAGUGAGCCCUCCCCAGCACUCACCCAUCAGCUGGGUUCAGCCUACUGUGGAGACGGGCAUAUCCAGAGGCACAUGGGCGAAGAGUGUGACGACACGAACUCUGUAAAUGGGGAUGGCUGCAACAGCAAGUGUAAAAAGGAGCUCUUUUUCAACUGUGUCGACGAGCCCAGCCUGUGCUACUACUACGAUGGAGAUGGGGUCUGCGAGGACUUUGAGAGAGAAAAAAGUGUGCAGGAUUGUGGGCUCUACACUCCCAGCGGAUUCCUGGAUCAGUGGGCCACAGCUGUGGAAGUCUCCCAUGAAGAAACCAUGCAUUGCCCAGCAGAUGUAGUUGUGGGCUACCCAGCGGCAACCAAAACUUGUCAGUCAAAGGUGUUUGACCUGUCAGAUGGAGUUUCCCAAUAUGCUUGGUUUCCUUGCCGGGAAGCACAGCACCAACAGCCUUCCUGGAAUCCACAUUUUUGGCUCAAGGCGUACUUUUCUCACCCAAUGGUAGCUGCUGCCGUUAUAAUUCACUUGGCUGCGGAUGGCACGGACUAUGUUGAGCAAAACCAAGUCAAUAUUACUGUGCUUCUGGUGGACACUAAAGAAGACAGGCAUCACCUAGGGGAUUGGAGACUGAGCUGUAGAAACAACCCCCUUGUUAUCCCUGUCACCCACGACCUCAGUCUGCCCUUUUACCACACGAAAGCCAUAUUGGUGAAGUUCCGGUCCAUCUACGUGGCCAUAUCUGGGGUGGGCCUCCGUUCCUUCCAGUACUUCGACCCCAUCACCAUCAGUGGCUGUCAGAGCGAUGAGAUCUACAACCCUAUGGGACAAAGUUGUGUUCAUUAUGUCUGUGAAGCCUUUGACUGCCAAGAACCCCUUAUCAGAAAUGCAGAGCUCAACUGCAGCAGCCCAAGCUACAUCAAUGGAGCCCGCUGCACAGUGACCUGUAACCGUGGAUACGUGCUGCAGAUCCACAGAGAUGAUGACAUCAUAAAGACCCAGUCAGAUUCCACUGCUACAAUCACCUGCGCAGAUGGCAAGUGGAACAAGCAAGUGAGCUGUGAGCCAGUGGACUGUGGCAAGCCAGACAAAUACCAUGUUCACCCAGCCAUCUUUCACUUCCCUGACGGGACUACAUAUGGCAAGAAAUGCACAUUCCAGUGUAAGGAGCCAGCUCAGCUAGUAGGGAUGAAUAACACUUUGACCUGCAUGGAGGAUGGUCUGUGGUCUUUCCCCGAAGCCCUGUGUGAGCUGCGCUGUCCAGCUCCUCCACCAGUGCCCAACGCUGUCCUGCAGACCAAGCGCUGCAAUGCCACUGGACUGAAGGUUGGCUCGUUUUGCAAGUACAAGUGCAAGCCUGGCUACCACGUCCCCAACACUGACAAACCCAAAAGGAGGGCAUUUAAGAGGCAGUGUACAGAGGACGGGAGCUGGCAGGAAGGUUCCUGUGAGCCAGUGACGUGCGAGCCCCCUCCUCCCAUAUUCCACGGUGUCUAUCAGUGUACAAAUGGGUUCAAGUUCAACAGUGACUGCUGGAUCAACUGCAAUGGAGCCAACCAUACUGGGCCACCUACCAGUGUGAUCCGCUGCAGGAAAGAUGGCAAUUGGACGGGCUCGUUCCGUGUCUGCCCACAAGUGAAGGGACAGUGUGCAUUACCCCAGAAUCUCAGCCCCAGCAUCAGAGCUAGCUGCAAGAAAGGAUACAGUAUAGGGGCAGAGUGCGAGUUGUCCUGCAAAGACAGGAACAGCAAUGUAAUCAUCUUGCCACGCAAUAUGACAGCGGACACAGUGGAACACUGGAGGAACCCGUCUAAAGUCAAGAGUAUUGUCUGCACAAUGGGACUGAAGUGGUAUCCACACCCUGAGGCACUUCAUUGUAUCAAAGGCUGUGAGCCCUUCAUGGGUGACAACUACUGUGAUGCCGUCAAUAACCGAGCGUUCUGCAACUAUGAUGGCGGUGACUGCUGCCACUCCACCGUGAAGACUAAAAAGGUGAUCCCCUUUCCCAUGUCCUGUGAUGUUCGAGAAGACUGCGCGUGUCUGGACCCCAAUGCACAGGAGAACAGCAAAGGAGCCUGGCUGCAUUCCCAUGGCUGAGUGAGCGACACAGGGCGGACCUCAGUUGAAGGCAGAUUGGGAGAGCCAAACAUUCCUUUCUACAUUGCUGCUUACAGGAGGACCUCUCCACUCAUACCACACCCUCACCCCUCCGCUGGUCUGCCUUUCUCCUUCUCAUCAGGAAAGAACAAAAGGACUUAAGUGGGUAUGAACAAAAGAGAAAAAAAACAAACGAAUGAAAAAGACUUUAAUGAAUGAAGCAAACAAUACAAAGCCUGGAUAGCAUGUUGUCGCCUAGUUUUGAGCCCUCUUCUAGUAGCCAUUGUCGGCUGUGCUAUAAUCUCUUAUUUUAAGACGGAUGAAAGAAAAGAAAGCAUCACGAAAGAUGACAACCUUUGUGCCCCAUCCGAAAGCGGUUGUUUAUCGGUAUUCUGGUUUUCGAUAGGACAAAGGCGGGAUAAAUCAGCAAACGACCCAAUAAGGAAAAGAGAGCCGCAGGCCAAACCGAAAGGGGGUUUCAGAAUCUGCUGCUGAACUCCUCGCUUUUACAAAGUUUAGAAUCCACUGUGACUCCGCAGGGGUCACCUUAGCUUCCUGUGCCCUCUGUCUGUGUAGGGUGGGAAUAGGUUUUGUUAACGAGGAGAGACAGGGCUGACAGGGAAUGGUCAGAUUUCGUUGAAAGCGGAUGAAGCCUUUGUUGAUGGCUGGGCGUGACCAAAACCCACACGCGAGUGGACGAAAAAAAAAAUCCGUUAACCGAACCGGCACUAGAUGUAAUUCAGCACAAGAAGAUUAAUAGCAGGGGAGCUGCUUUGGGUGAUUUUGUUCAGCCUCUUACCUCUU